AAUGUUCUAAGCAGAAAAAGGUGCUAAUGCAAUUCCUGGAUACACAGGGUAAUAUUGUUUUAAUUAAUUAUAUUUAGAUUCAUUCCAAGUUAAGAUUAUGAUUAAGAUUUAUUACAAAUUCAAGGUAACAGAAAUCACAUUCCAAGUAUAUUAUUGAUAAUAAAUUAUUUAGAUUAUGCAGGAUUUGUUCCAGGAAUAAAGUCAGAAAAUCUAUUUGGAAAGACUUUCGGUAAAAUUACAUUACUUUCUACAACUCAUGAACAUCAUAGAGGGUAUUAAUCUUAAUUAUUAAUUUAAGAUCUGAUUUACCUGCAGACAUUAGAUACAAAAGUGAAGUGAAAGAGGCUUAUUGUGAUCAAAGAGAUUAACGUGGAAGAGAUAUUAAUCUUUAUGGCAAAUUAGACCCAGAAACAUCAGUAACUGUUAUAUAUAGUAUUUUUUUAGAAAGCACUUGCAUAUACACUAUCAAAUUUGACACACUUUGAAUAAACUAAUACUCUUCCAAAAAGAAGUAUAUAUCUCUUGUAAUAAAUAAAGGUGAUUCCAAAGAUAGAUAGAGUAAUUUAACUUAUGAAGAAGCUUUGCAAAAAUUAAAAUGA